GAUUCAAAACACUCAAGUGGAAAAAAGAAACAGCUGUGACAUCGGUAUCGGCAAACUGCUGCUGCAAGGAUUGUAACACAAACAAAUUGAAGCAGAGGAUAGCGUCCGAGAGCGUGGUCUUGAAAAUCGGUCGUGCAGUUGCACAUAACACUAAUCUCAGAAUAUGUCAGGACGGGAAGGAGGCAAGAAGAAACCGUUAAAGCAGCCGAAGAAAGCUGAUCGAGACGAAGAUGAAGACGACAAGGCAUUCAAGCAGAAGCUAAAGGAUCAGCAGAAGGCUUUAGAGGACGCCAAGUCGAAAGCUGCAAAAGGACCCUUGGGUGGAGGUGGCAUUAAAAAAUCCGGCAAGAAGUAGUGAACAUUUUCUGUACACUAUGUGCUCUGCAACAUCCUGAGUUUGAAAUACGCAAAAAUAAUGCUAUGUACCACUCCCAAAUAAAAGGUUAAGGAAACAAAAAAUA